CACACACACCACACACACACGCACACAGCCGCAGUCACUCAGUCAGACAGUCUCUGCGCAGAAACAGCAGCAAGGAAAACAAACUCUCCUCCCGCCGCUUUUACAAACCAACAACUGUCGCAGAAGUGAAGUCGACGCGAUGUUAAACACGAAAGGUUACCGUUUAGUCUGAGGAGACAGUCAACGAAAAGGAAGAGGCUGCGUAAAUUGUGUGAACUGUGACAGCAGCUGGAGAAAUUAACCGAAGGAUUUGAGGACCGCACGUGGACAAAUCACCGCUGUAACACAUCGGAAGAGUGGAACUCGUCCUCUCCACUUAAAGUGUUGUGCAGCUGUCCCGCCUACGUCAGAGAUGAGUGUCAAGUCGGCCAUCAACAAGGUGGUCUUCAUACCCCAUGACGAGAAGAUGCUUGUUGCUGUGCAGGUGAAGCGGAGGACCAAGAAGAAGAUCCCCUUCCUGGCCACUGGUGGUCAGGGAGACUACAUGACCUUCAUCUGCAUCUCAGUGACUAAUAAGAAACCCUCCCACGUCUCCAUCACUAAGGUGAAGCAGUUCCAAGGAUCUUCUGCCUUCGUAAAAAGGUCACAGUGGACAAUCGACCAGCUACGUCAGGUCAACGGCAUUGACCCAAACAAAGACUGUCCAGAGUUCGACAUGAUGUUCGAGAAUGCUUUCGACCAGUGGGUCGCUGGCUCAGCAGGAGAGAAGUGCACCUUCAUCCAGAUUCUUUACCACACCUGCCAGCGCUACAGCUCAGCACCGAAACCAGAGUUCGUCAACUGUCAGUCCAAACUUCUGGGGGGUAACAGUAUACUACACUCGGCUGCAGACAGCGUGACGAGUGCUGUACAGAAGGCCAGCCAGGCUCUGAAUGAGCGCGGCGAGCGAUUAGGCCGGGCUGAGGAGAGGACCGCGGACAUGAUGAACAGUGCUGAACAGUUCUCUGUUACCGCACAGAAGCUUGCCAUGAAGCACAAGUGUUAGACCACUGCCAAAACCAACUGGGCUGGGGGGGGGGGGGUCGCCAGUCGCCAGCCGCUGUACAGGAAGAAGGAUUCCAGAUUUCUAUUCUUUUUUUUAAAGAUUUAAUAUGAUUUCUAUUUGUUAACAACGUUAACAUUUGUAAUGUUUCGGGGGUUGUUGUAUUCUGGCGCAUCUUUCGGAUGGCGACGCAUGGAGCAGGGGGGAGGAAGAGAGGUCACCAACGCCACUUCAGACUGUCGGCCGAAUGUUUCAUGCUUCUGUUUGCCAAAAAAAGAAAAAGAGUCAUGACUGUAAUUGUUUACCACGGCCACUCGAUACACUUCCCCUCUUCAUGUGCUCAGACCCUCGUGUGAGUGUACUCAUGCCGACGAGUCAUUAUCAGCAAUCACUCCCAAGGCGAGGAACCGCUCGUCUCGCCGGUUAUUAAUUGAUGGAAGUGAUUCAUGAGCACUGUAGUGAUUAUGCAGUGCCUCCCGUGGGUUUCACAGGUGUGACUUUGGAUUGGGUGGCGGUAUAUCGCACCAAUACUUAACACACGGCAACCUGAAGAUAGCCUCGAUGUACUUAUCUAAUGCUUAAGUUGUACCCAGGUAAAUAUGUUUGGCAAGAGAGUGGGAUGUGAGGAAUGUUCACAUCUGUGGAAAACAUGGACGUCACCCCUGAACAACCAACGAAUCCAAAAGUAUUUAUUGUCAAUAAUGUUUCCGUCUCACCUUUUGACUCUUGGACAUUGCAAGUCUGUUGUUCUGUCGAUCAUUUAAAAAAAAAAAAAAAAAAUGUAUCACAGCAGUAUUAGUCAAAAAUGUUUUCAACAUAUUACUUCAUAAAACUAGCAUAUGGGACCGAACAGAUUGGUUUGUGUGUGUGUAUAUAGCAACACUAUAUAUAUAUAUUCCAAAACAACCAAAUCUACACAGAAUACAGUUGCCAACAUGCUUGGAAGUGUACUUGAAGAACUCUUGUCUUGGAAAUUAGCUCUUUUUAAUUAUAAUAAUUUAUGUUAAAUUCAGUAAACCAGCUUCUGCAUUGUUAAAAAAAAAAAAAAGCAACAUGUAAUUUCUUCUUGUACUAUUAUCUGGGUGUCUGUAGAGCUCAUUUGUCCCAUGAACGUGGGAUGUUUUUGAAUUUCCCCCUGGCUGUAUUUCAACUUCAAACAUUCAGCAGUCGUAUCUUUUUUCUUUUAAUGUUUUUGUUUUGUAUAAUUUCGGUCGGUCAUUAUAAAGAUGUUUAUACUGAUAACGGACAAAAUGUCUUUAAUAGCAGCAGCAGUGUGUGGUAGUUUUAAUUUUUUUUUGUGUCUCUGCUCUCACGCUGACUGUAACUCUGGCUUUCCUCACUUGCCGUACGCGCCGCCCUCACAAUCGAGACGCAUCCGAUUCUUUUCACGUUUCCAAUUUUCUAAUUCACGAUGUUACGACGCACUGACAACUUUAUCUUGCAGAGCACUGAUGAGUUCAUACUGAAACGUUCCAGUUGCCUAACUCUUGGUGUGCUUUUAUUCCUCUCACUUUGGAUGUUUUAUUGUUUUAAUAAAAUAAAAAUAAAAAAGA